AUGCUUUCGACGACAAGGUCUGCUGCCUCAAUGGCUCUGCGAGCCAAACCAGCGACGGCCUUGAUGCCAUUCCGCGCCGGAAGCGUAGCCUUUUUGUCUUCGAGCUCGUCCAACAAGGCGACGACUAUGAAGUCGCCUGCCACCAUUCCCGGAAACCCUGGAACACCACCACCAAUGAAGUCAGCGCGGGUUGAGGUGCCCUUGCCAAGUCAGGAGGGAAAGAAGGGUGCUGUGCAAUAUGCAUUGACAACACUUGACCAGGUAGCCAACUGGGCCCGUCAGAGCUCGCUCUGGCCCAUGACUUUCGGUCUCGCAUGCUGCGCCGUCGAGAUGAUGCACUUGUCUACUCCACGAUACGACCAGGAUCGUCUCGGUAUCAUUUUCCGUGCCUCCCCGCGACAAUCCGACGUCAUGAUUGUAGCCGGAACCCUCACAAACAAGAUGGCACCCGCGCUGCGACAGGUCUAUGACCAGAUGCCCGACCCCCGAUGGGUCAUUUCCAUGGGCAGCUGCGCAAAUGGAGGAGGAUACUACCACUACAGCUACUCAGUCACAAGAGGAUGCGACCGUGUUGUACCUGUAGAUAUCUACGUACCUGGCUGCCCGCCCACCGCUGAGGCGCUCAUGUACGGUAUCUUUCAGCUGCAGAAGAAGAUGAGGCAUACCAAGAUCACCAGGAUGUGGUACAGGAAGUAA